AUGGACCAGGUGGAGGCAGAUGCACCCAGCAAAUGGGAGAGCCUGUCUUUAGAAGAAUUUGAGGGAGAAGAUGCUCAACAAGAUGGCUUUGGGGCAGCUUUCCGGACGCUCAUCGACUCGAGCACCGUGCUCAAGACAGAGGGUUACCAACACCCAGACCUUCUCAUGCUGGACCACGGAGGGGAGAUCUUUAAGACUCUACACUACCUCAGCAACCUCAUUCAGAGCAUCAAAAGACCCCUGGGAACCAAGGAAAACCCUGCACGCAUCUGUCGAGACCUCAUGAACUGUGAACAGAAGAUGAACGAUGGUACCUACUGGAUUGACCCAAAUCUUGGCUGUUCCUCAGACACCAUACAGGUCACCUGUAACUUCACCAAUGGUGGCCAGACAUGCCUCAGCCCCAUCACCGUCUCCAAGCUGGAUUUUGACAUCGGUAGAGUCCAGAUGAACUUCCUCCGCCUGCUGAGCUCGGAGGUGGUGCAGCACAUCACCAUCCACUGCCUGAAUACCUCCGUCUGGCGGGAAGGCUCGUCCGAGAGACCUUCGGAAAAAGCCGUGCGCUUCAGGGCCUGGAACGGGCAGAUGUUCGAGGCAGACGGGCAGCUCAGGCCAGAAGUGGCAGCUGAUGAUUGCAAGAUCAAGGAUGGACGCUGGCAUCGGACUCUCUUUUCGUUUCGGACGCAGGACCCUCAGCAGCUGCCAAUUGUCAACAUCUACAACCUUCCCCCAUCCGAGCCAGGAAAGCAAUAUCACCUCGAGGUCGGCCCCGUGUGCUUCCUUUGAACAAAGCCAUGGAAACGGGGCUCCGAGGCUUCGACCCCGCGUUUGGCCUCUGCCUUUAGACAGACUCUCCCACCUCUCUGCAGCAAGGACAGCUGGGCUGUGUCUUUUGGGUCAAGUCUUGCUCUAGCCUUUGGCUCAAGGUCUCAAAGAACCCGUGAUCUACUGAACUCAGCAGGUUGUUGAAAGGAGGAACAGCAAGGACGUAGGGGAAGCGGGUAUCAGUCGGGACGUGAACAGUGAAAAGGGAUCAGGGGACGAGAUGUUGCAAGCAGUUCCACACAAAGAUUUUUUCCAUGACCAAAGAAA